AUGCCUGACCUUUUGGCAACCUUGCCUCCAUUUGCAUUAGGAUAUCGAACAGAAAAAUACUUGGAGCGCUACAAUUUGACCGUAUGCCAAAUAUCGGGAAAUUUCGAGGAACUUAGCUCGGCGAUCACGUGUUUCCUAUUGAAUCCGGUGAAAUACGCGAGAAACAAUUUGACAAUUUCGAAAGAUCUCAUAGGAGAUGGAUUGUGCGGAAGAAAUCCGCCGUUCACGUUGAAUAAACACGAGGAAUGGACGAAAGUUUUAAAAACGCCGACGAGAAAAGUUGCUCUUGUGCAGGAGCCGCUCGAACGAUUUGCCAGACUAUUUAUUGAGCAUUGCGAAACAAAUUCUCGUUGUUUCGAUUGUAAAAACGACAUUUCCUGUGUACUUCGUAAACUCUACAAAGCCCAUCAGCCACUGGCUGAGGGUCUCGCUGGCAAUGUGCGCACUUUUUUGACAGCGGAAUUCAGUCCUCAGUCGUGGAAUUGUCAUUUCAAUUAUAACUUUGUGAACAUUGAAACGAUUAAAAUCAGUGGUAAUACGACGGAAAAAAGCAAUUUCGUCAGGAAAUUCAACAAGAUUCUUCGCGAGCAAGGUGCCAGUGAAAACGUUACCAAUACAAUUGCAGCAGAAGUCACAAAUGCCAUCACGAACACCAGCGGCGAAGCGACAUUGUACUUUCAAUCUGAAGGAUGGUUUUUUUACGAUUCAAAGUUACUUAAAUCGCGGGAUAUUUCUAUGCAGCCGCCUCGGAAGGAAUAUGACUAUGAGAGAAGUUUUCACCUCGGCGGCACUUAUCGAACAGUGCGCGGACCGUCAACGAUCGACUCGAUGGGCUUCGAUACGAAGAAAUUCUCCGAUGGUUUGGAGAUCCCUCUAACAUAUCCCGUUAAGAACAAACCGUUAAUUAUCAAGGAAAAACUAUUGGCAAAAUGUAAGAGAUUCUAUAUGAAUGUGAUUCGCGAUUGGAUAUUUCUUGCGCUUCUUGGAUUCAUCAUGGCGGCACUAUCAUUCAGUAUGGAUUUUGCAAUUCUCUGGCUUCAAAAUGGCCAAAUGCUUCUUUAUGAGCUGGUCCAGCCGAUACAUGUGCUAUUGGCGAUAAUUGUGUGGGUCGGCUACGUCGUCGGGCUCACCGUCUCAUCAGCUCUUUUUGCUCAUUUCAUUGCACCGCAAGCCAUUGGUAGUGGAAUUCCCGAAAUGAAAACAAUUCUUCGUGGUGUCAUUCUCAAGGAAUACUUGUCGAUUCGAACAUUGAUCUCGAAAAUGGCGGGAUUGACGAUGUCCCUCGGAAGCGGACUGCCAAUGGGAAAAGAGGGACCAUUUGUUCAUGUGGCUUCUGUCGUUGCUGCGCAAUUAAGUCGACUUGUUCAUGGAUCAUCUACUGGAAUUUUCGAGAAUGAGACGAGAAGUGCCGAAAUGCUUGCGGCCGGCUGCGCUGUUGGCGUCGCGUGCACCUUCUCGGCGCCAAUUGGCGGUGUUCUAUUCUCCAUCGAAGUCACUUCAGUGUAUUUUGCGGUUCGCAAUUAUUGGCGCGGGUUUUUCGCGGCCACGUGCUCGGCGACACUGUUCCGCAUAUUGCGCAUGUUCUCCGUGUCCGAUUCGGUUACCGUCGAAGCGCAUUUCCAAACAACGUUUCCACCGCAGAAUGCGUUCAUGCCGCAAGAGCUACCAGUGUUUGCCCUAAUUGGACUGAUUUGUGGACUUCUCGGAUCGGCGUUUGUCUACAUUCAUCGAAAAUUGGUGCUGUUUUUGCGGCGAAACUCGGUGGCGAAAGCGAUUUUUUCAAAAAACUGGAUCAUAUAUCCAAUAUGUGUCGCCACAUUUGUCUCAUCACUAACAUUUCCGAUGGGUCUCGGAAGGUUUAUGGGAGGUCAGGAACGUUUCACUCACACAAUUCAUGAGUUCCUCAUCAAUUGCACGUGGACAGCUGAGCCUGGAAAUAUCGCGGCGUGUCCGACGCCUUCGGAAAAUGUUUCGUUUGGAUCUAGCAAUCAAUUUGACAUACAUCAUUGGAAGGGUGACAACAUGAAUUAUAGUAUUUUUGUGACAUUAUCAGUGUUUCAAGUUGUUUAUUUUUUCUUCACAAUUUUGGCCUCAACACUUCCAGUACCAUCGGGAAUUUUUAUGCCAGUGUUCGUGCUUGGCGCUUCGUUUGGUCGAUUGGUUGGAGAGGCAAUGUUCCAAUGGUUUCCGAAUGGUUUCAUCGCCGAAGAGCAAUACUUUGUGCGACCCGGAAUUUAUGCGGUGGUCGGAGCGGCGGCGUUCUGCGGCGCGGUGACGCACACCGUUUCGGUCGCUGUUAUUGUUUUUGAGCUUACCGGACAACUGUGCUCGUUGCUACCGGUUAUGAUCGCUGUUCUGAUAGCCAAUGCGAUAGCGUCAUACUUGCAACCAUCAAUGUACGACAGCAUUAUUCGUAUCAAGAAUCUGCCAUAUCUCCCCGAUAUUCCGCACACGUCAUCAUUCUACCAUCAAAUGCUCAUUGAUCAAUUCAUGAUUACACCUGUCGUGUUUAUUUCCAAAGAUUUUACACUUGGCGACGUUAAGAAAGUUUUGGAGAGUAAUUCGAGGAUUAGAGCAUUCCCGCUGGUUGAGAGCAUUGAAUCACUUGCGCUAAUUGGAUCGGUGAGCAGAUCGCAAAUUCAGCGUUUAGUUGAUGCAAAGAUCGGAACCAAGGCCCGGUUUGCCGAGGCGACUCGACGUGUUAAGGAACGAAUCGAGAAGGAGGAAGAGGAGCGCAAAAAGAAGGAGGAAGAGAAGAGCAUGGCGGAAGAGGGAAGUCCUGUGCCGAAUAUUGAUCGGAACAGAAGACCUAGUAGAUUCUUGAUUGUGCCUGUAUCUCAAAAUGGAUCCGAGUCGAAGCGAAACUCGAUUGUCGAAGGGCUUAAGCCAAGCGACGCGCGGAAAAUUCUCAGCGAUGAGCAAAAGCAAGCUCUGUUCGACGCCAGUGCUAGGAAUAAUGCGGGUAAAACGCUUCAAGCGGUGGCUUCUUCCCAUGAUCUUGAAUCUCAUCAUACAUUUUCAAAUAUUUUCCGCUCGAUCACCCAAUUCAGUUUUGCCAAACAAAGCGAUGCGAAGAAGACGCGAACAGAGUUCGAGCUCUACGGAGAAGAAAGAUUUGAGUGGGAGCGGAAAGUGCUUGCGGAGCCCGUCGAUUUGUCCGACGUUGCAAUCGAUUCGACACCAUUCCAGCUUAGUGAAUACACCAGUUUGUUCAAGGUACAUUCGCUAUUCUCACUUCUUGGACUAAAUCGCGCCUACGUUACCAAGAAAGGUCAACUAAUUGGUGUUGUUGGGCUCAAAGAGCUCCGCGCAGCCAUGGAAUAUCUUCAAUCCGGCAAUAUUCCAACCCCGGGUUACAGUAUUUUCGACGAUCAUCCAUUCCAGCCACCGGUAGUCACGAUUACACAUGAAUCAAUCAAACGGCAUAGUGUGAAACGGAAUGAAGGCUUUAUUGGGGAUAGUGGUGAAGCUGAUGCCACUGAAGACUAUAUUCAACCACCAAUUGAGAUUAUUCGCAGUGGAGCAUUGACACCGAAUAGAACCAUGGAAAUUAUUGAUAUCGAUGGACCGAGAUUUAAGCUAGGCACCCAGUCAACGACAGCAGGAUCCUCAACAACGACAAUCAAUGAGUUAGAGGAACCUCGGAACUUCAUCACGAUUAAUCCAUUAUUUCCGAUGGCAAUGGAACGCGAUAUGCGUUUAAAAGCGUUUAUGGAAGAAUAUGCGAGAAUUGUGCAGCUGUUUGACGAUAUUGUCGAAAUGAAAGAAUCGAUGAUGCGCCUCGAGAAAUACUUGAUCAUGAUGGUUUUUCAAGUGCUCAUUGCUCUUGUGGCCGGCGGACUGCUUCUCUGCUUUCGAUUUUUUCAAGGGCAAAGGCAUCGCGGCGAAUACGAGUUGGAGCAUCGAUUCGAGCGCGGCACAACACCGCGAGGCUCCAAGGCGAAAAUGGUGCCAGUCGGAGAACGUGCAAGUGGUCCGGCCACAAGAGGUCUGAUUGGCGAGUAUUGUUGGGAUACUCUUUUAAUCGUUUGUCAACAGGGGCUUGCCGAGAAAGCUUGUGAAAUGGUUCCGACGACGAAAUGCUCGAAAUCGUGCGAUGGUGGCUGGCAAUUAAUGAAGUACGAGUGCAAACGUGGCAUCGCGUUUUGCACGUGUCCUACAUACACAAUAUACUAUCAAUGUAACAAUCGGCCAUGCUUGACCGCAGAUUCUUCAAUUUACGAUGUGUUCUACGAUCAGGAGGAGAAGGACGAAGAGUAUUACGAGGAUCCUUCUGAAUCAAAAAAUGAGAACGACAAUCAAAUCGUUGUGGUUCGUCGAAGGAUGAAAUAA